GAAGACUUCUCGUAUUUUUGAAAAAUGUGAUUUUUAUUCUGUACUUUGUUAUUAACACAAAACCAUUGAAUGUGGUGAUUCGUAAUCGUAAACUUCUCUAUAAUAAGUCUCUGAGUGAUUUUCUUCUGAAAACUAUUAUUUGAACCUGGACAAUGAUUGAAGCCUCAAGAGCACGAGCAUCCAGACUGAGUUCGGCACGGACUCCCGGGAAUUUCUAACCAGCCGACAGCGCUCAAAACCUGAAGGAAGCAUUUUUAUGUGUUUGUGAUCUACCUGAAAACACUGAAGAUGGCGACAGCUGACUCACUUCCUGAGAUGUCAGAGAUCAGCUCCAGUCCAGAUGAUCCAGUGAUCCGGGUUCUUCUGAUGGGCAGAUUUGGUUCUGGGGCAAGCUCAUCUGGAAACACUAUACUGGGAGAAAAGAAGUUUAAAUUAAAGAAACAUGAGUCUGAAGUUUGUGAGGGUGAAACAGAGAUCGGAGAGAAGCAGGUGCAUGUGUUUAUUUCUCCAGAUCCACUGGAUCCAGAUCUGUCUGAAGAGAAGAUGGAGAUGAUGAAGGAUCAGCUGGUCUCUCGAUGUUCAUCAGGUCUCAGUGCAGUUCUGCUCACCGUUCCUCUAGAGCAACCUGUGCAAAAUGAGGAAGAGAUCCUGGAUUAUAUUAAAGGUUUAUUUGGUCCUGAUGUCCAGAAGUACAUCAUGAUUCUGUUCACACGUCAAGACGAGCUGGAAGAUCUUGAACAGACCAUUGAUGAACAUCUGGAAGAUCAUGCGGAUCUCCAGCGACUGGUGACUGAAUGUGGAGGAAGGUUUCACUGUUUCAAUAACAAGAAAGAAUCAGAGAGUCAGAGACAAGAACUACUGCUGAAGAUUGAAGGAAUGAUGAUGAAGAAUGGAGGGAAAUUGACCUUGGAACAAAUGAAGAGGACUAACAGUAAAAGAGGUUUUCUUAUUAAUUUUUCAGCAAAGUCUGGAGAUCCAGAUGAGAUUCCUGAGAAGAAAGAUCUCAGACUGGUUCUGCUGGGAAAAACUGGAGCUGGAAAAAGCGCCACUGGAAACACCAUCAUCGGCAGAAACAUGUUCGAAUCUUCAGCCGGUUCAAAGUCUCAGACGAAACAGAGUCAGUCAGAAACUACAGUGAGGUUAAAUAAAGAGAUCUCAGUGAUCGACACACCUGGACUUUAUGAUACUGAACUCAGUGAGGAUGAGUUUAAAACUGAAAUAGUGAAAUGUGUAACAUUAUCCUCUCCAGGCCCACACGCUUUUCUCAUCGUCAUUAGAGUGGGUCGAUUCACAGAGGAGGAGAAAAACACAGUCCAACAUCUCAAAGAAGUGUUUGGAGAAGACAUACUAAAAUACACCAUGAUCAUCUUCACCCAUAAAGAUCAGUUAGAGGAGAAAAAGCAAACCAUUGAAGAGUUUCUACAGGACGGUGAUCAAGAUCUUAAAAGCCUUGUUGAGAGUUGUGGAAACCGAUUCUUCCUUCUAGACAACAAGUCUGCAAGUUUCCCACAGUUUAAAGAUCUGAUCCGUAAAAUAGAGAAGAUGGUGGAAGAAAAUAGAGGGACGCAUUUCACCAAUGACCUGUUUAAAGAAACAGAGAAACACAUUCAGGAGAUUCAGAAGCAGAAAGUGAAGCAGAUCAAACAGCAGAACAAACGCCUCUCUCAGACAGAAUGGCAGAAAAUAUACUUGCGUUUGGUACAAGAGUCACAACGAGAAGCUCAGCAAUAUUUUUCGAACCUUUCCUUUACAAAUCUGCAACCCCGGGGGAAGACCUUCACAUUCACCCGUAAAGAAGGAGUGAAAGCCAAGACAGAAGCAGAGGGCGAAGAAACUGGUCGGUUCAGAGCAUUUAUACUUUCUGUCAGACAAAAGAUGUGUGUGAUUCAGUGAAAAACCACACAAUACAACAGGGGGUCGAUGGAGGUAUCUUGACCCUUUGACUUACCUGUAUGUAUUGGUAUUGAAAAAACACCAUUU